GAUGCCCAGAUGCGUCCAUGUUACGACCUGAUUCGUAACUCCGCUUUGGGUAUCUGCUGUGGAACUGGUGGUCUGAGGAUGCUGAUGCCCUUCUUCCUCCUGGGAUUCAUCAACUCUCUGGUAGAUGGGGCCUCCCUCGUUCAGAUCUUCAGCACAUACGGCUGGCAUACCUUCAAGCUGGUCCCGGUCGACGCGCUGCUUGGGAUUUUCGUUUGUGAGCUGAUCUGCACUUUGAUCACCUGGCGGGUCUUGAAGACGAUCCUGCCUCUCACAUCGCGGCCUGAUGGAAUUCAGCUCAUC